UAAAGGCAUAAGCAGUGCAACGUUAUCUCGAAAUAGUAGAAUGACAUGUAUUUUUGCAUAAAUUUGAAAGCUAGCAUGACAUGUAUCUUUCUGCAGAGGGAGUAUUGUUUAGGUUGUAAGUUCAUUUGAGCUUGAUUGCAUCUAAGUUUAGUUGGAACAACAAUUUCUAAAGUUAUUUACAAUUAUAUCCUGUACAUAUUGAUAUGGACUCUACAUUCUACAAUUACUAAAUGAACAUAGCACUAUCAGUUAGCAGAAUCGUCUCUGCAGCAGAGAAUUAAUUGAGAAUAUAUGGUUUACGAAAACUGAACAAUUGACGCUGCCGCCGCCACCGAUCCCCGCGGACGCCUCAGCCGUCGCCGGACCCCAAUGGACGACGUGGACGCCGCCGCCGCCACCGAUCCCCGCGGACGCCUCAGCCGUCGCCGGACCCCAAUGGACGACGUUGACGCCGCCGCCGUCACCGAUCCCCGCGGACGCCGCAGACGCCGCCGACCAGUGCAGAGCGCGGUCACGUUCUCCGCGCGGCCAUACGGACCAUCGCUUCGCCUGAGGUCGCCUAUCAUGGCUGCCACCAGCGUCGGCAGGAACGACUCGCCGAUGGCACCCGAGGACUCCACAGUAUCGUCUAGGCUAGGAGAGGUCAAGAUCAACCUGGACGGCACUGGUGUUGCAAACUACAGCAUAGGGAUAUCGUUCUUGGAUUACAUCCUUGAUUGUAACCAAAGUCUAUGGAUCUGUCAAAGGGUCUUGCUGCAUAUGGUCAUUGUUGUAUUGUUGGAGAGCUGGAAGCAGAAUCAUAGGAGAUGCUGCACAAUAUGA